UUCUUCAAAACAAACAACUUGUUUGGUCCGAUUUCUCCGAUCGAUCAUGGCUAACUCUGCGAUGGCAACCGAGCAACUUUGCUACAUCCCUUGCAACUUUUGCAACAUAAUUCUCGCGGUGAGUGUCCCAUGCAGCAGCUUGUUCGACAUCGUGACCGUCCGAUGCGGUCACUGCACCAAUCUGUGGUCUGUAAACAUGGCAGCUGCUCUUCAGUCACUUUCACGCCCUAAUUUCCAUGCAACGAACUAUGCAGUACCAGAGUAUGGAUCUUCCUCAAGAGACCACACCAAAAUCCCUUCAAGAAUUUCAACUCGUACCAUAACUGAGCAAAGGAUAGUAAACCGUCCCUCGGAGAAGCGGCAGCGAGUACCUUCUGCGUACAACCAAUUCAUAAAAGAGGAAAUUCAAAGGAUUAAGGCGAAUAAUCCAGACAUAAGCCACAGAGAAGCAUUCAGCACCGCUGCCAAGAAUGUAAGUUUUUAUUUCUUUUAUAUGUUCAAAUAAUUUUAUUAAGUAUGAGCUUUUGGUUUAGCCAAAAGAAAUAUCAAAGUUUUAGUAACCAAUAAAUUAAAGAACUAUUU